UGGUUUCAAGAGUAUUUUGAGAAGAUCCGCCCGACCUACCUGUCUGAGUACUGUGAGAGGUUUUUCAUCGCAUCAAAUGGAAAACCCCAUCCACAGCGUCACGAACGACUUAGGUCGCCUGCACGAAAGCUACAAACUCAAGCCUGUCACCAGCCAGGAGAUCAGGCGAGCCGUGGAGACAGAGGCUGCUGUGGCCUUCACACAGAGCCAGAAGGAGGAUGUCUCGAAUUAUUUAGCUCACACCAGCGAUGUGGCCAAAGCGCACUACAGGAUGCGUGUGCCAGAAUCUUUGGUGCGGACACCGGCACUGCUGAACUCCUUGUCCCUCCCCUACUCUGGAGAGACAGCAGAGACACGCAGGAGUACCGUCGAACCAGUCCCGCCUCCAAGGGCACCUGACACCAAAGACUUUUCGGAGUUUUUGGUGGCAUUCCCCGUGUCCACUAGUGGCCAGCCACCUACCAAGAAGGCCAGGAUGCAGCAGGGAUUCCCAGACGACCGCAUGUUUUAUGACAAGUGGCGGUGUGAGCAGUACAGGAUGAGGCAGGAUUCUCUACUGUCGUGCUUUACUCAUCGCAAGCCGACAGUGGGAAAGGUGUCGAGGGCAAUCCAGAAGGAGGGAUGGACGGCCAACUACCCUUCCCCAGACACCGUGCUGCAGCUCUGGAAGCCAGCUUCCCAAGCUGCCGCAGAGAAGGAUCCUGCCAUCCUCGAAAGCGUGGUCAGCCAGACAUGGAGGGGCUUGGCCAUUAAGGAUUUUGGUCCUGGGAAGGGACUAGGAGUGGUUGCAACCCGGCCCUUCUCAAAGGGUGACAUCGUCUGUGAUUAUCACGGCAAGAUAAUCACAGCCGAAAAGGGAAGGAAACUGAUGCAGAGUAUGGUGGACGAAGCCGGCUACAUGUUCUUCUUCAAGGCUGGAGGAAGAGACCUCUGCAUCGAUGCCCAGACCUUCCCCUGCAAGUGCCAUCCGCAUGCCGACACCAUCGGCAGAAGGAUGAACCACUCACGGAAGAAUCCAAAUGUGAAGCCAAUGCACUGCACCCUGCUGGUUGAUGGAGAGGACAAAGAUGUCAUCCUCUUCAGGGCCCUGAAGGACAUCCCUGUUGACACAGAACUGAAGUUUGACUACGGUGUCAACAGGAAGUCCUUCAGAGGAGAAGGGUUGGAGCUGGACUGACUGGACGAGUGAAACAUCCAAAGAUUGAGUUUGAGUUAUUUUACGA